GUAAUAUUGUGUUAAAAAAUGGUUAGAUAUUGUUUUAUUUGCAAGGAAUAUUAUAAAGCAGACAUGUAUCACAGGUUUCCUGUUGGUGGAGAUAUGCGUAAAAAAUGGCUUGAUGCGUUUGGAUUUGAAGAAGACGAUGUUUUUAGAAAUACACUUGUGUGUUCAAAUCAUUUUGAAAAUGAUUGUUACCACGUUCCUAAUCAUUUAACUGGGAAUAAAGUAUUGAAAAAGGGUUCCAUCCCUUCGUUAUUGCUUGCUGUUCAAAUGGUCAAGAAAACACCACGUAAAAUAAAAUUAGAUUUCGAUGGAGAGUCUUCUAAUACGGCCGUAGGAUCAACUUCAAACAUGGAAUUAUUUAGUGAUAAUUAUAAAAUGGAAUUAGUUUCUACUGAAACUCCAAGAAAUAAAUUUGUUUCAACGGACAAUUCAAAAAUGGAAUUUGUUACUGCUGGAAAUGAAAGUAUUAGAUUGGAAGAAUCGACAUCAAGCAAACUUUUUGGCGCAAAAUCUGCAAAUACUGAUGUAGAACCACCCUCGAGCAUAGAAUUACCUAGUAUUAGUUCUGAAAUGGAAUUUAUUGCUCCUGGAAGCAGUGUAUUGAAAACAUCUAUAACUCAAAAACGAUGGCGCCCUGCUUAUGUUUCGCAAGUCGAUAUGGAACACGAAUUUGAUAUUCCUCGACACGCCAAAAGUCAUUCCAGUUUGGCAGUUGAUAAAAUACAGAAAAAGAAAAUUAUCGCCUUAAAUCGAGACAAUCGAUUAUUAAAAGCCAGAGUAAAAAAUUUAGAAACGUUUCUAAAUCAUUUGAAGAGCAAGAACUUGAUAUCCGAAGAGGCCUAUUCGAACAUACAGAAUACUUUAAGUACUUCUACAGAAAAGAUGAAUAUUCAAGAGGAAUCAUUUAUUGAACAUGAUUCACUUAUUGACAUUAAAGAAGAGCCAAUUAUUGAUAUAAAAGAAGAACCAGUUGAUUCCAUACAAGAACAAUAUCAACCGAUUGAUCCUUUAAGUCUACCCAAUUAUGAAGGUGAUUCAUCCCAAACUGAACAACAUCAGUUAAAUGUUUAUAAGAAUACAAUGAAUAUGGUUAAAGUAGAAGACGUCCCAUCCGAGUAUAAUGAAGAUGCACAUUUUAGAAAUGAUUGUCUCCAAUUCGGAAAUUUCGUGGGAAUAGAAUUGCAAAAAUUAAGUGACUAUAAUAGUUUAGAAGUUGCCACACAACGUAUUAGAUCUGUAAUUUUAGAUGCUCAAAAUGGACUUUACAAAAGUGAUCUUUAAUUCACAAAGUGCUUCAACUCGGCGUAAAGAAAUUCACACCGGCGAAAAACCAUAUUCAUGUGAAAUUUGUAAUACAAAAUU